ACGUACACACACACACAGACAUGUACACACAUACACACACAGAAACAUGUACACACACGCACAGAAACAUAUGUACAGACACACACAGACAUGUACACGCAUAAACACAGAUACAUGUACAUACACAGAAAUACACACGCACAGACACAUGUACAUACAUACACAGACAUAUGUACACACAGACACAUGUACGUACAUACACACAAACACACACAUGUACAUGCACACAGACACAUGUACACACACACAUACAUACACGCAGACACAUGUACAGAUACACACAUACACAGACACACUCACACACACACACCCCCAUAAAAAGUUGCAGUACUUCGUUGUUCACUCACAGAUCCUGGUACUGCACUCUAGGGGGAGGCAGAGAGCACAGCACACGCUCCUUGCUUUGCUUUCACUGCGCUCAGCUAUUGAGCAGUCUGACGGCUCCCAGUGCCAAUGACAGAUCCGGCCCGAGCUCCGAGCCUGCUCAGCAAGACGGCCCUGGGGGACACACUCGCCUCCACCAUAAUUUCCACUCGUCAUUGGCAAGCAGGCGAGCGGAAAUUUCAAGC